AUGUGUCUUUAUUGUGCUGUUGGUGAAAUUCUCGUGACACAAUCUGAAAAAAUACACCGUUUUACAUAUGAAUAUGCGUGGUAUACUAUAGAACCGAAGGCAGCAAAGAAUUUAUUGCUAAUUAUGUUUCGCUCGAGUAAACCACUUCACAUUACAGCUGGAAAAACAUUUCCUAUGACGAUGGCAACAUUGUGCAACGAGGAAUUGCAGCAACCAGUUUAUCCUAAAUCCAUAAUUACGAAUUUAGAAUAA